AUGGCCGGUCUGUCUCUGCUCUCAGCUCUGCUCCUGCUGUUGGCGCCCACAGGGGAAGGUGCGGGUCAGAACGCGGGUCAGAACCCAGACCAUGUGCUGCAGGGCACCGGGGUCAAGCCCGAACUGCGACGUCCUGGAGACGGCUCCACCGUGGCGCCCGAGGAUGCCGCUCGCUUCCUCACGUGUUACUGCUCUGGACACUGCCCUGACGACGCCUCCAACAGCACCUGCCUGACAAACGGAGCGUGUUUCGCCAUCAUCGAGGAAGACGAACACGGGGACAACAUCCUCACCUCCGGCUGCAUGAAGUACGAAGGCUCACACUUCCAGUGCAAGGACUCGAGGUACGCUAAGGCCAGGAGGACUAUCGCAUGUUGCAACACAGACUUCUGCAACAGAGACCUGGUGCCCACGCUGCCUCCACUCCCCCCUGCAGAAGGAAACCCUCACUGGCUGGCCUUCCUCAUCUCCAUGACCGUCUGCUGCUGCACCCUCAUCUGCAUCACUGUGGUCUGCUACUACAGGUACAAGUGGCACAGUGAGCGUCAGAGGUACCACAAAGACCUGGAGCAGGAAGUGUUCAUUCCGGCCGGAGAGUCCCUCAAAGACCUCAUCUAUCAGUCCCAGAGCUCAGGCAGUGGCUCCGGGCUCCCCCUGCUGGUGCAGAGGACCAUUGCUAAACAGAUCCAGAUGGUGCGGCAGAUCGGGAAAGGCCGCUACGGCGAGGUGUGGCUGGGGCGCUGGAGGGGGGAGAAGGUGGCCGUCAAAGUCUUCUUCACCCGCGAGGAGACCAGCUGGUUCAGGGAGACGGAGAUCUACCAGACUGUGCUCAUGCGGCACGACAACAUCCUGGGCUUCAUUGCGGCGGACAUAAAGAGUUCCGGGGCCUACAUGCAGCUCUUCCUGAUCACAGACUUCCAUGAGAAUGGCUCUCUGUACGACUUCCUGAAGCAGAGCACCCUGGACACGGCCUCCCUUCUCAGGCUGACCUACUCCGCCGCCUGCGGCCUCUGCCACCUCCACACCGAGAUCUACGGCACCCAGGGCAAGCCCGCCAUCGCCCACCGCGACCUGAAGACCAAGAAUAUACUGGUCAAGAAGAACGGCACCUGCUGCAUCGCCGACCUGGGGCUGGCCGUCAAGUUCAACAGUGACACCAACGACGUGGACGUGCCUCUGAGUAACCGUGUGGGGACGCGGCGCUACAUGGCGCCCGAGGUCCUGGACGAGACCCUGAACAAGAACCACUUCCAGGCCUACAUCAUGGCCGACAUGUACAGCUUUGGUCUGCUGGUCUGGGAGAUGGCCCGGCGCUGCGUCACUGGAGGUAUCGCCGAGGACUACCAGCUGCCGUACUACGACAUGGUUCCUUCAGACCCGUCCUACGAGGACAUGUUGGAGGUGGUGUGUGUGAAAGGACUGAGGCCCACGGUGUCCAACCGCUGGAACAGUGACGAGUGCCUGCGUGCCAUGCUGAAGCUGAUGUCUGAGUGCUGGGCCCAUAAUCCCGCCUCCAGACUCACCAUCCUCAGGGUGAAGAAGACUCUGGGGAAGAUGGUGGAGUCCCAGGACAUCAAGAUCUGA